AUGGCUACUUCCAAACAAUUGGUGGACAUGUUGCGCUUGUGCCUUUGUUUUGGCAAGAACUCUUCUCAUCCACAGGAGCUUUUAAAGAGGAAGAACUUUUUGGGCCUGUGUGUGGCCUUUUUACUGUGCUCUAGCAGAGAAAGUUGCUUUCACUUUGUGAAUCAUGGGGGAAUUGAGCAACUUGCCCACUUUUUCUCUCAUGACAUACAUAAUUCUUCCGCAGUUGUCUUACUCUUACUCGCAGUUAUAGAGCAGGCUACAUGA